ACCACAACAACUUUUUCACGAUUAACGGAAUACCUCAACGCGCACCCUGCUUCGCAUCAGCUUUCCUGUUGCGACUUUCAGGAAUCGUUUGUCGUAUCGAGAUAGUGGUUUUUUCUUUCAAUCAUCGCGAUUAUUUCGUCGACCUUACGCGCGCUGGAUUAAUUAUAAUCAUUUUCCUCGGGCCUUGGGCCUGGUUGGUAACCACCUCCAAGUACCAUCCGACGCGUCUACAUUGACGAAUAAUUCCAUCAUUCUUUACACUUCUAUUUGAGUAUCUUCGUUUUUCUCUUCUUUUUACCAAUCGAGAAGCCGCUUUACGAAUAACGAACCGAACCUUAUAUCGCGCUCAUUUUUCACUUUAUCCUGCCUUUGUCUCCGACUUACCUGGACACACUCUUUUUACCUCGCGCAUCGAUUAGAUUUUCAUUUGCGAUAUUUCUUCGCAUUCCAUCAUCAACUCAUCCUUUUACAAAUUACGAACCUAUUCACUUAAAAUAAUCAACUAGCUAUUCUUUUAAGAUGGCGAACCUCUACUUUGCGCACUCCGAUGCGCCCCUCAAGAUCAUUAAGGAGAUUGUCUUCAGUAUUCAAUCUCCUAAAGAGAUCAAGGACCAAAGUGUCGUGCAGAUUAUUCAUCCUGAGACUAUGGAUGAGACUCGAACUAAACCAAGAAUACAGGGUUUGAAUGACCCUCGCCUCGGCUCGCUGGACCGCCAGUAUAAGUGUGCGACCUGUUUGGAAGGCAUGAAUGAGUGUGUCGGUCACUGGGGACAUACUGAACUAGCUGUGCCAGUCUAUCAUCCAGGAUACCUGAAGAAAGUCAAGAGAAUCCUGGAGAUUGUCUGCCACUCUUGCAGCAAAGUGCUCGAUGACAGAAGCAACCCAGAGUUCUUAGCCGCAGUGAGCGCGCGAGACCCCAAGAAGCGGUUUCACGCUGUCUGGUCCGUCUGCCAGAAGAAAAAGUGGUGCAAUAAUGAGCAGGCAAAAGAGGACGAAGAGAAGGAGUAUGAACCCGGCUCUAAGCCGAAAGGACACGACCACGGUGGAUGCGGUAAUAUGCAACCUGUUGUCCGCCAGACGGCUUUGCAGCUCUGGGGCCAUACGAAGGCUAUGGGUGAGGAUGGCUCCAAAGGAACCAAUAAAGAGCUGUUGAGCCCUGCCAAGGUCUUAACUAUCCUCAAGAGAAUUUCUCUGGAGGACAUGCUAGACAUGGGCCUCAACCCCGACUUUUCUCGACCCGAGCAUAUGAUCCUCACUGUGCUGCCUAUUCCACCACCUGCAGUUCGACCCAGUAUUUCGAUGGAUGGAACUGGCCAGGGUCUGAGAAACGAAGAUGAUCUGACGUACAAACUCAGUGACAUCAUUCGUGCCAACAGCAACGUCCACGAGGCUAUUCGAACAGCUGCGCCGAAGCACAUUCAAGACGAAUUUGAGCAGCUUCUUCAGUACCACGUCGCCACUAUGAUGGACAAUGACAUCGCUGGCCAGCCCCAGGCUCUUCAAAAGAGCGGCCGUCCUGUCAAAUCCAUCCGAGCUCGUCUAAAGGGAAAGGAAGGAAGAUUGCGUGGUAACUUGAUGGGAAAACGUGUCGAUUUCUCCGCACGUACCGUCAUCACGGGCGACGCCAAUCUCUCGCUUGACCAAGUUGGUGUGCCUAGAACCAUAGCGAAGACUUUGACGUACCCCGAAACAGUUACGCCAUACAACAUUUCUCGUCUACACAAGCUUGUUCAGAAUGGUCCCAACGAACACCCUGGUGCUAAGUAUGUGGUUCGAACGGAUGGUUCGAGGAUUGAUCUACGCCACCACAAGCGCGCUGGUCAAAUUAACCUUGAGUACGGUUGGAAAGUCGAACGACAUCUUCAAGAUGGUGAUUAUAUUAUUUUCAACCGUCAACCGUCACUCCACAAGGAAUCUAUGAUGGGACACAGAGUUAAGGUGAUGCCUUAUUCCACUUUCCGACUGAAUCUCUCCGUCACUUCACCUUACAAUGCCGAUUUUGACGGCGACGAGAUGAAUCUUCACGUUCCUCAAACCGAAGAAACGCGGGCUGAAAUCCGUGAACUCUGUAUGGUUCCGCUGAAUAUCGUUUCUCCCCAGCGCAAUGGACCGUUGAUGGGUAUUGUCCAAGACACCUUGGCUGGCGUGUAUAAGAUGUGUCGACGUGACGUAUUCCUGACCAGAGAAGAGGUCUAUAACAUCAUGCUGUGGGUUCCUGACUGGGAUGGUGUCAUCCCUAUACCUGCUAUCCUCAAGCCCCGACCUCGUUGGACAGGAAAACAGAUCGUGAGCAUGAUCAUUCCCAAGGAGAUUAGUCUCUACACCAAACCAGGAUUGAAACGCCCUAAAUCAUUCGACAACAGUCAGUGGAACCCUGCGGAAGAUGAGGGUUUGCUCAUCCAGUCUGGACAGCUGCUCAUAGGCGUUCUUACAAAGAAGAAUGUGGGUGCUGCUAGUGGCGGCAUUAUCCAUCUGUGUUAUAACGAGCUCGGUCCUGACGGCGCGAUGGCCUUUCUUAAUGGUUGCCAGCGUGUUAUCAACUACUGGCUCCUACACAAUGGUCAUAGUAUCGGUAUCGGCGAUACUAUCCCAGAUAAGGUCACUAUUGCCAAGGUUCAACAUGAAAUUGACCAGCAAAAGGCCGAGGUGGCAGAUUUAACCCUCCAAGCAACAGCCAAUCAAUUGGAAGCUUUACCUGGUAUGAAUGUUCGAGAAACAUUUGAGAGCAAGGUUUCUAAGGCUUUGAACUCUGCGCGAGAUAAGGCCGGAACUGUCACGGAGAACAGUCUCAAAGACAGCAACAAUGCCGUCGUCAUGGCCCGCUCCGGUUCAAAGGGUUCAUCUAUCAACAUCUCACAGAUGACUGCUCUCGUUGGUCAACAAAUUGUUGAAGGCAAACGUAUUCCUUUCGGUUUCAAGUAUCGUACUCUUCCUCACUUUACCAAGGACGACUAUUCUCCCGAAGCCCGUGGGUUCGUCGAGAACUCAUAUCUGCGUGGUCUUACUCCUUCAGAAUUUUUCUUCCACGCCAUGGCUGGUCGUGAAGGUCUCAUUGAUACAGCCGUCAAGACGGCUGAGACUGGUUACAUCCAACGUCGUCUUGUCAAAGCCCUCGAAGACGUAUGUGCGCGAUAUGAUGGAACCGUCCGUAACUCGCUUGGCGAUAUCAUUCAGUUUGUCUACGGCGAGGAUGGGCUCGAUGCCAUGUACAUCGAGAAACAACCUAUGGAUCAUUGGGUCUUGAAAGAAUCCGAUUUCGAGGACCGCUAUCGUCUAGACGUUAUGGAAGGUAUUCGUGCUCCCGUGCUCGACGCACUAGAGUAUGGUCAAGAUCUUGUUGGCGACAUGCAUGUGCAGGAACUUCUUGAUCUGGAAUGGGAAGCCCUUUGCCGGGAUCGUGAGUUCUUGCGAGAAUUGAAGAAGAACUCCGAGAAGCUCGAGGAUAUGUUCCAGCUUCCUCUCAACAUUGGUCGAUUGAUCGAGUCGUCCAAGAAGCUUCUCAAGGUUGAUGACACGAAGAGAAGUGAUCUGUCUCCUCAAGACGUUAUUCCCAUUGUGAGAAGUUUAUUAGACCGUUUGAUUAUGGUUCGGGGUACCGACGACGUCUCAGUAGAGGCUAACGACAACGCUACGAAGCUCUUCAAAGCCUUACUGCGUUCGAGAUUAGCUUUCAAGCGUCUUGCGGUCCAACACAGGCUUAGCAAGUUGGCUUUCCGACAUAUCAUGGGUGAAUUAGAAACCCGUUGGUCUAAGUCCAUGGUGAGCCCCGGCGAGAUGGUUGGUGUUUUGGCAGCGCAGUCAAUUGGUGAGCCUGCCACGCAGAUGACACUAAACACAUUCCAUUUCACUGGUAUUUCAUCGAAGAACAUCACGCUUGGUGUUCCACGUCUAAAGGAAAUUCUCAACGUUGCGAGUAACAUCAAGACACCUUCGAUGAUGGUGUAUCUAGACGGUUCCACAUCCCAGGAACACGCGAAGACGCUCCGUAGUGUGGUUGAACACACUAAUCUACGCUCCGUCACGGCAAUGACGGAAAUUUACUAUGAUCCUGAAAUCGACUCGACCCAAAUUCCGGAGGAUGAAGAUUUCGUCACGUCCUACUUCCUGUUGCCUGAUGAUAGUAUGCCAGAUCAAAGUAGACAAUCGCGAUGGCUGCUUCGAUUUGUUCUAGACCGACAGAAGAUGCUCGAUAAAGGCCUGACUGUAGAAGACGUUGCUAUCCGUCUUCGGGAAGAAUAUCCUAGUGAUCUAGCUGUCAUUUGCAGCGACAACAACGCGGAUCAACAAGUAAUCCGCAUUCGCCCGAUGCCGGAGGAUAAAGACGAUGCUGAGAAAGCUAUCGAAGAUGACGUUAUGCUGAAGCGAUUAGGCGAACAUCUUCUAGAGAAUCUUACCUUGCGAGGAAUCAGGGGUAUCGAACGAGCUUUCCUGAACAAGGGAACCCGAAUAGCAAUUGAUAAGCAUGGUGCCAUGAUCCAGGCCAAGGAUACCCCGUUAUGCGAGGAAUGGUACCUCGAUACUCAGGGUACAGCUCUUCGAGAAGUUCUCGCCAUUCCCGGUGUAGAUUCUAGGCGUACUAUCACGAACGAUUUGUACCAGACCGUCGAGGUUUUUGGAAUUGAAGCUGCACGACAGGCGCUUCUGAACGAAUUGAGACGAGUGUUAGCCUUCGAUGGUUCAUACGUCAAUGAACGACAUCUUGCUCUAUUAGUCGAUGUUAUGACGUAUAGGGGUAGUAUUGCUGCCGUUACCCGUCAUGGUAUCAACCGAGCCGACACCGGUGCGUUGAUGAGAUGUUCUUUCGAAGAAACAGUGGAGAUUCUCCUAGAGGCUGCUGCCAUGGGCGAACUUGAUGACUGUAGAGGUAUAUCUGAGAACGUCAUGCUUGGUCAACUUGCUCCUAUGGGUACUGGUCACUUGGACGUUUUCCUCGAUCCUAAGAUGCUCGAGACUGUUAUUUCGGAUAACUCCAGGAUGGGCUUAAUGCCUGGUAUGACCAUGAAGGGAAGCCCGAUGGAAGGUGCGGCGACUCCAUACGAUACAGGAUCACCAAUGGCAGACUCCGGUUAUGGAAUCUCCCUCGCGUCACCGUCGAUGGGAGCUGGAAAUUUCUCGCCCAUCGUUGGUGCCGGCUCGGAUUCGCCUUCAGGCUUCGGAACAGAGUAUGGAGGAUUCGGUAGUGCAAGCCCGUACGGUGGACGAAGUCCUGGUGCCACCAGUCCAUUCUCUGGUGGCGCGUCACCUUCGUCACCUUUCAGCAGCUAUGGCGGUGGAGGUUACUCGCCUACUUCCCCUGGCGGUAGUUAUUCGCCUACAUCACCCAUGAUGGGAACUCGCUAUGACAGCUCGCCGCGGUUUAGCCCGUCGUCGCCAUCAUUCUCCCCAAGCUCGCCUCAGUUUAGAGGUGUGGGUGCAACAAGCCCCUCGUACAGCCCUACCUCACCAACUUAUUCACCCACGUCUCCUACAUCUCCGAGACAUUAUUCUCCGACGUCACCUAGUAUGAACUCCCCCACAUCGCCCAAUUACUCUCCACAGAGUCCGACGUAUAGUCCCACGUCACCUAAUAAUCAUAUGGGAGCAACGUCACCUACAUUCUCCCCAGUCUCUCCUAAUUACUCUCCCACGUCGCCUAUGAGUUAUUCCCCAACUAGUCCGCAUUACGCGCCUGGAAGAGCGCAACAGUCGCCAACGAGUCCUCUGUACUCGCCCACGUCUCCUACAUGGUCUCCUAAGGAACCUGGCGCUGGUGGCAGUACUAGCCCGAAGUACUCCCCUACCUCCCCUAAGAAUGAUUAGUCCUCUCCUGCAUAGUAUACAUCCGGCGUCAUGCGUAUUCUUCAUAUUCGCAUUUAGGAGUUCUUUUUCCUCUCUCUUCUGCCUUCUCGUUUUUACUCGACCUCUAUAAGAGGCAUAAUGCAUCAUCAAGGAGGGAGACAUAUUCCUUUGGCAUCGACAUAAGACUAGAGAGAAGAGCAACAAAUCCCGAAAAGUUUAGGCGAAAGGGCAAUGGUCUUUUAAAAAUUUUCUUCUCUGGUUUAUUGUACACUAUUCGCAGAGGCAUGAUUGAUUUAUACGUUCUUGCUUUUUGCUUGAUUUACUCUCCCCCAGACGCGACGCGAACGAAGGGCGGCAGAUUGACAUUCCGCCAUAAACACAUUUCUUCUUGGUCGUCUAGGGAGGGCUCAGUGGAGACGAUGACGAGACGAGAGCUUACGAAGUGGGGGUUGAGUUAUUGUGAUCGGAAGGGCAGAUAGGGCCGGUGGCUACACUCCAGAUAGUGAAAUGCAAGGCCUUUUUUCCUCCGAAAUGAAGGUUUGUUCAUGUGUAAUAAUACCCUCACACUAUGCGGGCGUAGUUGACGUAGCUCGGCUUUUUCGCCUCUGCGUAAAUGAGUUUCGGAGGUUGAUUAGGUAUUAAGUCGAAUCAGUAAAAUAAAAGUACUAGGUAGUAAUGGGUAGUAAGUAAAUGCCAGGUACGAUAGUAAUAAAACGUUGUUAUUAAAUUUGCCCCUAUUCGUACGGCCGACU